AUGCAAAUCAAGCAUCGCGAACGACAACUGAAAGCAGAAGAGAGUGUUGUUACGCGUAGCUCGUUGAAUCGACAACGCUCGAAUGUGAAUCGUAACGCAAAGGAAUUCUCGAAGUUCUGGACUCGAGGUGGUUCACUGCAGCCGUCCAGUCCAUUCUCGUCAUCGUCCACCACUCGACGAUCCAUCAACAGAAGACGAACGCAUCAAAACGAUCGCAGUGUGUCACCUUGCCAAUCUAAUGCACAACAAUCACCGAGAAUGCAAUUUCUCGGUAUGUGA